AGUCGAUCGGGCGAAGAGCCUCCUUCCGGACUUCAGGGACAGGGCACAGUUUCUGACCCUUACGAUCGAGGCAAUGCUCCAGAGAACGUCUCUGCGUCAGAGGAGCCACCAGCAGGUGUGCAAGGGAAAGGCACAGUCAACGAGCCCUUCGACCAGGGUAAUGCGCCAGAAAACCCAUCAUCCUCUGCGCCAAAUGCGGACACAUCGCCGAAGCCAGCCGGCAUCACUAUAGAGCCGCCCUCCGAGUCGAAGACCUCUAUUGUCAACGGCGAGAAACAAAAAUCGACUGAGGAGCGGGGACGAGAUGCGUUGAGAGCCCCUGCUAAGAAUCGGAUCGAGGAGCGCGACGUCAGUCCUGGCACUUUGCCAGACGGCAGUCACGCAAAAACGAGCGGUGAAAGAGGAGAAGGCUACGAGCCUGGAAGGUUGAAUAAGUUGAAGAGCAAGUUUCCGUUUGGCAAGCACUAG